GUUCUCUUCCCCCUCACUCUGGUAGUGCUGGCAGCAUCCAUCCACAGGACACAAACUGUGCUGUCUGUGUUCCAGAGAGAAUAUAUCUGCUCUACACAGAGAGGAGAGGAUUAACUCAACAUCAGCUCAUCUGCAUAUUCCCAGGGAACACAUAAGCACCCAAGGCUUCUUCUCUUCUCUAUCCAACUCCAAGCCAUCACAGGACUUGACACUCUCGUCGUUGGAGCACCGUUCAUCCAACUCUCUCUGCUGUGAGAGGAUUUAAAGGAGGACACAUCUUUCGGAUUUUUGGAUUUAGCCAUUUUUGUGUUUCUUCGCUAAGUUUAGGCUUGUCAAAUUGGAGCAAUGCAAUUCAGUUGACAUAGUUUAGACUAGUUCUAAGCAUCCCGGGUUUUUUUUUCUUCUCCAGAGGACCUCUGACUUUUUUGACUGCUCUAUAAGGUUUGCUGCUUGUUCAUCUGAUUUGGUCAACCUGAGUGUCAGAAUGCCAUCCAGGGAGUCUUACGAGGUCCGGAAGGGGGAGAAGUCUUUGGUGCACAAGGCAAAGCAGGAGGCCAACCAGCAGGACAUACUGGCUGCUGCUCUGGGGAUGAGGAUCUCAGGACCCCAGAAACCUCCAGCCACUAUCUGGCAGCCUCUCAAACUGUUUGCCUAUUCACAGCUCACCUCGCUGGUCCGCAAAGCCGCACUGAAGGAUAACAGCCUGCCGCCCAAGUACGAGAAAGUCCACAACUUCAAGGUCCACACGUUCCGGGGACCUCAUUGGUGUGAAUACUGUGCCAACUUCAUGUGGGGGCUGACGGCUCAGGGAGUCAAAUGUGCAGAUUGUGGCCUGAACGUCCACAAGCAGUGCUCCACUAUGGUACCCUGCAACUGCGUGCCAGACCUGAAACACGUCAAGAAAGUAUACAGCUGUGAGCUAACAACCCUGGUGAAAGCUCACAACACCAAGCGACCCAUGGUGGUGGACAUGUGCAUACAGGAAAUUGAAUCAAGAGGGCUGAAGUCUGAAGGGCUCUACAGAAUAUCUGGAUUCAGCGAUUCAGUCGAAGAUGUCAAGUCGACAUUUGACAGAGACGGUGAGAAGACAGACAUCUCUGCCAAUGCCUAUGAAGAUAUCAACAUCAUCACGGGUGCACUUAAACUGUACCUCAGGGAUUUACCCAUUCCUGUCAUCUCGUACGACGCCUACCCCAGGUUCAUCGAGACUGCAAAGCUGGAAGACCCAGAGAAGCGGCUAAAGGCCUUCCGUGAGGCUCUGGAACUGUUGCCUGCAGCACACAGUGAAACCCUGAGGUACCUCAUGGCCCAUUUAAAGAGGGUAACGUUGAAUGAGAAGGACAACCUGAUGAAUGCGGAGAACCUGGGCAUCAUUUUUGGGCCCACUCUCCUGCGUGCCCCCAACCUGGACGCCAUGACGGCACUCAACGACAUCCGCUACCAACCGCAGGUGGUGGAGUUCCUCAUCAAAAAUGAAGACAUCCUCUUCUGAAAACAGACACAUCCAUCCCGCUAAGAUAAGGAAGACAUCCUCUCAUGAAAACUGACACAUCCAUCCUGCUAAGAUAAGGAAGACAUCCUCUUCUGAAAACAGACACAUCCAUCCUGCUAAGAUAAGGAAGACAUCCUCUCAUGAAAACAGACACAUCCAUCCCGCUAAGAUAAGGAAGACAUCCUCUUCUGAAAACAGACACAUCCAUCCUGCUAAGAUAAGGAAGACAUCCUCUUCUGAAAACUGACACAUCCAUCCCGCUAAGAUAAGGAAGACAUCCUCUUCUGAAAACUGACACAUCCAUCCUGCUAAGAUAAGGAAGACAUCCUCUUCUGAAAACAGACACAUCCAUCCCGCUAAGAUAAGGAAGACAUCCUCUUCUGAAAACAGACACAUCCAUCCUGCUAAGAUAAGGAAGACAUCCUCUUCUGAAAACAGACACAUCCAUCCUGCUAAGAUAAGGAAGACAUCCUCUUCUGAAAACAGACACAUCCAUCCUGCUAAGAUAAGGAAGACAUCCUCUUCUGAAAACAGACACAUCCAUCCUGCUAAGAUAAGGAAGACAUCCUCUUCUGAAAACAGACACAUCCAUCCUGCUAAGAUAAGGAAGGAAAGAGACAGAUUUUUUGUAAAACAGCUUGAUGCUGUCUAAACACUUUUUUUGUGCAAAGACUCGAAGGAACUUUUCUAUUGCAUUUGUAUUACAUAUGAAUCUUUGUAAUUACAUUUGUGAUACAUCCGUUUCCACUCCCAGUUGAGCAGUGCUGAACCUUACUUUUUCUUCCCCUGUAAUGGGUGUGGAUGGUGAUGUACCUUAAACUUGCAUGUCUGUCUCCCCAUUUUUGUCGGGGCUUGUGUAGAACACUGAUGGACCAGACUUGGCCGUGUCUUAUUUUUUGUGUAGCUUUGUAGCGGUAACCUAGCAUGCGAUAAAUAUUGUGAAACAUUAACCAGGUUUCCAUCCAACCUUUUAAUGCGCGUAACGUACAUGUCAGAUAAAAGAUUUAAUGACAGGCCUGAUGGAAACAGAUCAUUUUACAUUUACAUUUUAGUCAUUUAGCAGACGCUCUUAUCCAGAGCGACUUACAGUAGUGAAUGCAUACAUUUCAUUUUCAUUUCAUGCAUUUCAAAAAAUAAUAAUAAUAAUUGUACUGGCCCCCGUGGGAAUCGAACCCACAACCCUGGCGUUGCACACACCAUGCUGGCGUCGCAAACACCAUGCUCUACCAACUGAGCCACAGGGAAGGCCUAAACUUGCCAAAUGUCAACAAAACAAAAUACGCUAGACAAGGUAGGACCUUUUCGUGUCGGUAAAAUUCAUUAUGUGAGAAAUGUUGGUGGAAACAAUUUUAUGCGCAAAUAUUGAUAUAAUAACCAUCAUAUCGAAGUAAACUUGGAGUGGUUGUGUGGUCCCCCCAUUAAAGUUGUGUGGUCCUUCCACUAUGACUCGUAGGGAAAGCAUGCAGGUAUUUUUAUGUGCAAUGCAUCAUCACACACAGCCUUUUAGCCACAGCAAGUCAAUUUGAUGGAAAAACAUCUCUGGUGGGAAAAUGCGCCUAUUGUUUUUAUGCGUAUUUUAGCAUAUUCGCAUGAAAAUCUGUCACCAAUUGGAUGGAAACCUAGCUAUAGUUACUCUGCUUUUAUUUGUCAUGUAGAUUUACAGUAUCUCCUGCCCGGUUGCCCAUUGAGCAAUUGUUUUUGUGAAGCAUUGUAUACCUGGAUGUGAAAUAGACUACUGUAUCUUCUCUGAACCUUUGUAAUUAUCUUUGACUGAUCCUGUCUUUUUUUGCCUUUUCAGCUGUUUUAGAAGUAUUUUUUAGGGGAAAUUCCAAGCCUCUUUGAAUCAGAAAACAAUCAGCGUACCUUUUAUAUGUUCUGUUAAAUUUGCCUGACAGUCAAAACUGUGUUGCAUUCAAACUGUUACAUUUGUGCAUUUAAUGUUUCUUAUUUUUUAAAUAUUUUUGUACGUCAUUUGCGCAUGUAAAUUAUAAUUUAUUAAACCUUGCUUGCUGAAAAUUAA